AAUGUCAAGACAAAGCAUCCACAGUUGCUGUAUGAGUCGAAGUUGUAUAAAAUACUACAGGGAGGAACUGGAAUUCCAAAUGUGCGAUGGUUUGGCACCGAAGGAGACUACAAUGUUCUUGUGAUGGAUUUAUUGGGACGUAGUCUUGAGGAUUUAUUCAACUUUUGCAGUAGGAAGUUGUCUCUUAAGACUGUUCUCAUGCUUGCAGAUCAAAUGAUAAAUCGAGUGGAGUUUGUUCAUUCCAAGUCUUUUCUACAUCGGGAUAUCAAACCAGACAAGUUCCUAAUGGGAUUGGGUCGUCUGGCAAAUCAGAUUUACAUCAUUGACUUCGGCCUCGCUAAGAAGUAUAGAGACACAUCAACCCAUCAGCAUAUUCCUUAUAGAGAUAAUAAGAAUUUGACUGGGACAGCAAGAUAUGCAAGCAUGAAUACUCAUCUUGGCAUUGAACAAAGCCGAAGCGAUGAUCUCGAGUCACUUGGAUAUGUGCUUAUGUACUUCCUAAGAGGAAGUCUUCCAUGGCAGGGAUUGAAGGCUGGAACUAAAAAGCAGAAGUAUGAGAAGAUCAGUGAAAAGAAAGUGUCAACAUCAAUUGAGGCCUUAUGCCGUGGUUAUCCCACCGAAUUUGCCUCAUACUUCCAUUACUGUAGAUCUCUACGUUUUGAUGAUAAACCAGAUUAUGGUUAUCUGAAGAGAUUGUUUCGUGACCUUUUUAUUCGCGAAGGUUUUCAGUUUGAUUAUGUCUUUGAUUGGAUGAUCUUGAAAUAUCAGCAGUCGCAGAUUGCCACACCUCCUACUCGUGCUCCUGGUGGUGCUGGACCAAGCUCUGGACUGCCUCCAGUUGUUACAAAUGUUGAAAGACAAUCAGGUAAUUGUAUAAUCAUUCAUUUUCUCAAUCACUGUCAUAUUUACGUGGAAAAGCUUUCUUUUUAAUGUUUGCGUAUUUACUUAGUAUAGUCUCUCAGAAAUUGCAGCCAUUGUUUUCUCUGUGGUUGAAAUUUUCUGUUUAUUGUAUAUGGUUUUAUAUUUUUCCAGAUUCUUUUCUUUAAUUAUUGAAUUAGCAGUCGCUUCUCUCAAUAUGUCGCCCACUGUAAAUUUGAAAAACGGUAUACAGUUCUCACACACUUCGGGUGGAAUUUGUUUUCUUAAAUGUACUAUGUUUGAGGAAAGCUGCAACAAUUUGGGGUUGUCUCAAAGCAGUUUGCAAUAAUUACAACAUACAGAAGUGGAAAUUUGAUGCCCAGAAGACCUACCCAGGUAAGAAGGCCCUUUGUCAAUACAGCACAAGUUGUGUCACUGUGGUUUCACCGUCUCAAUACCUUGUCCAAAUGAGUGUUUGUGCUUUUGUCAAACACUACUGUGUGGGUCAAAUGCUGAUUGACACUGUAAAACUGUAAGUACACCAACAUUUUGAUUUUGUGAUGUAUUAUGAUAUUGUAAUCCUAGAUAUAGCAGGUACUGAGUGUUAAAGCCUACCGAUUGAUGUUGGCACUAGGCACUUCUGUUGCAUAUAUUAUUGGAGUUCAA